CGACCUUCAAAGAACACGUGUCCGUUCAGAGUUUGGCUCUCCAACCGCCACGCGUUCCGUUCUCAAUUCAGUUCCUUGAAUGGCAGGUGAAGAGUCCCGCUUUCCAGCACUGAGGAUUUUCUCGGUGCUGAGAAAAUGACGAGAAACGGAGAGGAAGAGGACCUAGUGAGGACGGCAUCUACGAGCUCCACCACUAGACUGAGAGUCAGAACGGACCCUUUCCUGCUGGUAUGUAGGGGCUUCAGCGUCAUAACCGCUCUCACUGCCAUCCUCUGCAUUGUGGUCAACGUUCUCUCAGCCAUUCGAUCCUUCAAGGACGGAUCCGAUAUAUUCGAUGGGAUAUUUCGGUGUUACGCCGUUGGGAUUGCGUUCUUUGUGGUUCUGGCUGAGACGGAAUGGGGAUUCAUCCUCAAGUUCUGGAAGGUGUUGGAGUAUUGGGCUGGUAGGGGUAUGCUGCAGAUCUUUCUCUUCAGCGUUGCAGUGAUGACAAGAGCUUUCCCUGAUUAUUCUGGGGUGCAGGAGGACCUUAUUCUUCUUCAGAACAUAUCAAGUUAUAUGCUUCUUGCUUAUGGUGUACUCUAUUUAGCUUCGGGGCUCCUGUGCAUUGGGCAUCUCAAGCGUUUACGGCAGAAGAAAGAGAUUACAAGGGACCAAGCUGUCAAGGAUCUGGAAGAAUUGGAGCGGCGUAGAGAGGAACUCGAACAAUGGCUUGUCACAGAAAGGGUCUAAGACAAUUUGUGGUUUGGAUAGUGGUUUUCAAUGAAAGUUGAAAGUAGAAAAAAAAUAUUAUUAGAAUAGUAUUUUUUAAUAUUAUUAUUGUUUUGUGAUUUGAAAAAGUUAAAUUAUUUAUUAUAUUUUGUAUGAAAAUUUGGGAAAGUUGUAAUGAUAAGAUGAGGUGAGUUGAGAUAAGAUAAAACAAUCUUACAAUCCAAACCUAGCACAACAGUCAAGGAAACCAAGUCUGUUUUGUCAUUUGCUUUGUUCAGUCAAUUUGAAGAGGGAUGUUUUUGCUC